UGUGUGUGUGUGUGUAAAACUUAUACGGUACCAAUUUUGAUGCACCAGAUGCGCAUUUCGACAAAUAAUGUCUCUUCAGUGAUGCUCAACCGAAAUGUUUGAAAUCCGAAAUAACUAUUAAGUUUUAGAGCUAAAUAUAGCCAAAAACAGCGUGCCAAAAAAGUGGAGCCAAAUUCGUCCAAGGAUAAGAGCUAUGCAUGAGGGAGAUAACCAGAGUUAACUGAAGAUCAUUAGGGCCUAUAGCCAGAGCACAUUUGAACACAGGUUAUGGAACAGGCCACUUCACGUCCAAAGCGGAGGAAGGUGGAGGAGUCUCGUGGGAAAAGCGCAACACCUAGGAGGAGCGCAACAUAGUCAACGUCCGUAGGAAGAACCCCACGUGGCAAAGCAAGAAGUCAGACGCGAGUUGCCUCAGACACUCACAGUAGACCGAUUCUUGGCGUAGGGCAAGGUACAGGACCUGAACAGAUAAACACAGCUACACAAGUGGCCAAUGAACAUGGAGACACACCUGUUCCAAUUUCUGUGGGCAACCAGAACCUGACUACUGAGUCGAUGACACAGAUGUUAACAGCAGCCAUCCCGGUCAUUACACAAACUGUUGUUUCAGUCCUACAGAACAGUGGUAUGUUGCCUGGUGGAAUAUUACAACAGAACAACUCAAGUACCCAGCCUAACCUAUGGGAGAGCAGUCCUGCCACUGGAAGUAUCACUGACGAGGCUGCCGCGCAGAAUGUGGGUGAUGGAAAUGGUGCCAAUGAAGGAGCGAAUAAGUCCCCAAAUCUUAGUAUUGCACAAGAACUGUUACGUAAUAUUGCACCUGUCACUAGUCAAACCACAGAAAGUAGAGCGUUAACAGUAAAUUAUGGGCUAGCGCGCCCAAUUUCUUUGGGAGUAGAUCCUAAGUUGCGUGCAGAUAUUGUGUCGAAUAAGUAUGUCGAUUUUAGCGAAUUGUUAAAACACAAGAAAUCUGAAGAGAAAUUUAAUUACAUUGCAGAAGAGAAAGAUGGCAAUUUGCAAUUUGUUAGAAAGAAAACAGGAAAACAGAUAAGCAAUUUAACACAGUGGCAGGAUGCCUUCUAUAUAUAUGCUGGUAUUUAUUGUCAAAUACACCCUCAUCAGGCCCCUAAUUUAAUGAAAUAUGGGCAGAUUAUUUCUCAGUUGGCUCAGAUGUCAAAUGUCGAGGGGGCAUUAAGUUAUGAUGAAACUUUUCGUACGUGGAGGGAACAAGAUCCAGACCAUUUGCCAUGGGAGGGGGUAAAUGGGGAAUUGCACACAGAAGCAAUGGCUACGGCGUUGUCGAGCUUUAAGAACAAGGGUUCUUUUCGUCCCCAGCAAAAAAGUUUUCCCUCAAAUUCAGUGCGAACAAAACAUUGUUUCACCUUCAACAAUGAAGGGAGCUGUUCAGACAAAGUGUGCAAAUAUGGUCACUUCUGUCAGGUAUGUAAGGGCACCCACAGUAGAUUACACUGUCCAAACAAACAAACGGGGAACACAUCCACAACAUAAGGGAAAAAGGGUAAACCCCAAACUAAGCAGUCCACUUUUCGUGCCUCACAACCCUUUCCAAAAUAAGAUACAUGAGAUAGUGACCCCGAUAAAGUCAGAUGAAUUACAGUGUUUACUUUAGAUAUUUAUAUAUAGAUUGAGAACAGAAUGGAUAAGAAGCCCCUGUGCUUGCAGGGUAUGAUAAGCAUAAGGUGAAGUUUUUGGUUAAUGGUUUUACGGAGGGCUUUAAGAUUCCUUUUCAAGGUAAAGAAGAGUUUCGGUUGAAUAAAAAUUUGCUAUCAGCUGUAGCUAGAAUGGAUGUAUUAAAAGAAAAAUUGGGAAAGAAAUUGGGGCAGGUCGAGUUAAAGGUCCUUUCCAGGAACCUCCCUUUAAAAUUUUUAGAGUAUCUCCCUUGGGAUUAGUUCCAAAAGCUCAGAUAGGAGAAUUCAGGAUUAUUCAUGAUCUUUCUUCACCUGAGGGUAAUUCAGUGAAUGAUGGAAUUUGCUCCGAUUGUAAAUCUGUAAAAUAUCAAUCAGUAGAUGAUGCUUGUCAUCUUAUUCUGCAGUUUGGUAGAGGAUGUCAGCUAGCUAAAGUUGAUGUGGAGAAUGCUAAUAAGUUAAUUCCAGUACACCCAGACAAUUUUAACUUGUUCGGGUUUGCUUUAGAUGAUGGUUUUUAUUUUGAUAAAACUUUGCCUAUGGGCUUGAGCUACUCCUGUCAGUUGUUUGAAGUGUUCAGCACACCAUUGCAUUGGAUAGCAGAGAAUAAAUUGGGUAUUACAAGGUUGUGUACAUAUUCUUGACGAUUUUCUAUUUGUUUCCCCUGCCCCGGCUAGGCUGUGUCAGGUUGGAUUAGAUAGGUUUAUGACAAUGGCAGAGCGGAUAGGUCUCCCAGUUAAGCAGAAGAAGACUGUUUUACCUACAACUUGCUUAGUAUUUAUGGGGUUAGAGUUGGAUACAGUGUCAAUGGAAAUUAGAUUGCCAUUAGAAAAAUGUCGGGAAAUGGUGAAAAAGUUCAUGGCAAGAAAUUGGGCGACACUUAGGGAAUUACAGUCUCUGAUAGGUCUGUUGAAUUAUGCUUGUGCAGUUGUAUUGCCAGGUCGCACAUUUUUGCGUAGGAUAAUUGAUCUGACAAGAGGCAUACAACAACCAAACGAAAAGAGGGGGCUUAAUAAGGAGGCAAAGCUAGACUUAAGGUCUUGGUCAUUGUUCUUGGAUAGUUUUAAUGGGAAAGGCUUGAUUCAAGAGCCCAAGCUUGAAACAUCUGUCUCAUUGCAGAUGUAUACAGAUGCAAGUGAUGUGGGGUUUGGAGGUUUAUUUAGAACCCAUUGGAGAUGGUCAUCAGAAUGGUUAACAAAACACAUAUCUGUUAGGGAACUUUACCCAAUUGUUAUAGCAUUAGAGCUUUGGGCCACCCAGUUAUCUAAUAAAUGGGUUCAAUUCUAUUGUGACAAUACUGCAGUAGUACAUUGCAUCAACAAACAGACGGCUAAGGACUCAGAAUUAAUGAUACUUAUUAGAAGACUAGUUGUGCAGGCAUUAAGGUUUAAUAUUCAGUUUGAGGCAGUGCAUAUCCCAGGGUUGAAUAAUGUGUUAGCUGAUAGGCUUUCUCGUUUUCAGAUAGAGGAGUUCAAAAGGCUUGCUCCAGAUAUGGAUCAGCAUCCGGCAGAUAUAUCAAUAUUGGUC